UCGCACAGUGAUGAUCGCCUGCGUCAGCCCGUCAGACCGGGACUUCAUGGAAACACUGAACACGCUGAAGUACGCCAACCGAGCGCGGAACAUCAAGAACAAGGUGGUAGUGAACCAAGACAAGACCAGCCAGCAGAUCAGCGCUCUGCGUGCCGAGAUAGCCCGGCUUCAGUUGGAGCUGAUGGAGUAUAAAGCGGGCAAGCGUGUAGCAUGUGAGGAUGGUUCAGAGGGCUACAGCGACCUGUAUCAGGAGAACGCCAUGCUGCAGAGAGAGAAUGACACUCUGCGCCUCAGGGUGAAGGCCAUGCAGGAGACAAUUGACCACCUAAACACCAGAGUAACACACAUGCUGGCCAAUGAGGUCAGCACUCUGCUGACAAAGUCAGGUGAAGGAAAUGAGGAGAUUGGAGCUUUAAUCCAAAACUACAUCAGAGAGGUUGAAGAGCUGAGAACCAAGCUGCUUGAGAGCGAGGCAAUGAAUGAGUCGCUGCGACGUCAGGCGGUUCGGCUUUCUUCCCGGUCCCCUUUCCCUGCCUCAAGCCUCAGCCUCAGCCCCGUCCCCGGCCACCCACUCGGCUCCUCUCCCGCUCCCAUGUCCAUGGAGGCAGAGAUGACAGACGUUUUACGCCGGGCCAAGCUAGACAUUGAGAGGCUGAAGAAGAAGGAGAGGAGGCAGAGGAGGAUGAGCCCAGAGUUGGAGAAAGGAAUGAAGAAGCGUGUGAAACUGCACACUCAUGAGAACGGAGAAAACGGGCAGAGUCGGGAAAACGGACAAAAUGGAGAGAUUGAUUCUGACGACAAUUACACCGAGGACAUCAUGUCUCCUCUGCAAGAAGAGAGCGGUUGUGAGGACGAGGAAGGGGAGGAUGAAGAGGAGGGCAGGGAGGAGGAGGAUGGGUUUGACAGCGACGAGAGCCUGGUGGAUUCAGACUCUGACUCUGACGAGAAAGCCAACUUCCAGGCAGACCUUGCUGAUCUGACCUGUGAGAUUGAGAUCAAACAGAAGCUGAUAGAUGAGCUUGAGAACAGCCAGCGGAGGCUCCUGAUGCUGAAGCUGCAGUACGAGGAGAAGCUCAUCCUACUGCAGAACAAGAUCCGAGACACUCAGCUAGAGAGAGACCGCGUCCUGCAGAACCUCAUGUCAAUGGAGAACUACACAGAGGAGAAGGCGAAUCGGAUCAAGCAGGAGUACGAGAAACGUCUUAAAGAGAUGAACAGGGACCUCCUGAAGCUGCAAGCGGCGCAGAAAGAGCAUGCACGUCUCCUCAAAAACCAGGGGAGGUACGAGAGGGAGCUGAAGAAACUCCAGGGAGAGGUCAACGACAUGAAGAAAGCAAAGGUGACGCUGAUGAAGCAGAUGAAGGAGGAGCAGCAGAGGAGGAGGAUGGUGGAGGCAAAGAGGAACCGGGAGAUUGCUCAGCUCAAGAAGGAGCAGCGACGACAAGAGUACCAGAUCAGAGCGCUGGAGUCUCAGAAGCGGCAGCAGGAGCAGGUGCUGCGCAGGAAGACGCAGGAGGUGACCGCCCUGCGCCGCUUAGCAAAGCCCAUGACGGACCGUGUGGCCGGGCGCGUGACCCGCUGGAACACAAACACUUCAAUUACAGACUCUGGGGCUGAGUUAUCAACCAGCACAACAGCAAGCAGCUCUGAACCUGAGACCGGGAGGAGUGUGAGCGGACUGGUGAGACAGUGGAACAACAAGAACAAUGGGUUUGGAUACCUCGGAGAGAGUGAGGGGAGCAUGGAUGGAACCAGGGUCAUUGGCAGUAGGAAGAAGCUGCAGCGUAAGCCAGCAAGUCAGGGCGGCAUUGCAGCAGCUGGCAGAGCCAGCAGUUUCUCCAAAUCCGCUCGUCAGAAGUGGCAAACCCUCGAGCGUCGCAUCAUGGACAUUGUCAUGCAAAGAAUGACAAUCUCUAAUGUGGAGGCAGACAUGGACCGCCUUAUCAAGAAGCGAGAGGAGCUGACAGCCCAGCAGGAAGCACUCUCACACAAGAGGGAGGUACUAAUGGCAGAUGGGGAGGGACCAGAAGCUGAGGACCGCCUCCUCCUGGAAAUCAAUGAGGAGAUUGAGGUGCUAAAUGCCAACAUAGACUACAUCAAUGACAGCCUGUCUGACUGCCAGGCCACCAUUGUACAGAUUGAAGAGACCAAGGAUGAGCUGGACUCAGUGGACACCUCAGUGGUGAUCAGCUCCUGCUCUCUGGCUGAAGCUCGCAACCUGCUGGACCACUUUUUAAAGGCUUCCAUUGACAAGAGUUUACAGGUCGCUCAGAGGGAGGCUCAGAUCAGACUGCUAGAGGGUCAGCUGAGGCAGACUGAUGUGAUUGGCUCAUCUCAUAAUCACAUCAUCCUGGAUGCCCUUCGAGAAAAGGCAGAAUACAUCCCUGAACUCCAGGCUCUUAUCCACAAUGUACAGCAGGAGAAUGGCUAUGCCAGCACAGACGAGGAGCCCUCUGAGUUCAGCCAAGCCUCUGACAGCAGUGUCUCUCAAAUGAAGGAGUCAAACAGCCAGGACGAUUUCAAGUUGAAGAUGGAGCCUCGUCUGUCAGGUCAGAUGAAGGCUGUGUCAGCGGAGUAUCUGGGUCCCAUGCUGGACCCCUCAUCGAGCAGCAAGCAGCAACACAUCACCAAGUCCUUGGCCUCUUUGACAGACAUUCAGGAAGACGGCAUGGGCCUGGGGAGAUUGAGUCUCAGCUUAGCCCUGAGAGACCCCUUCCACAGGGACCGGGCAUCCCGCACCAUCAGCCUUCCUAUAAGAGGACACACCUUUCCCAGGCAGUCUCGGGGUUAUGACACUUCCCCAAUAACAAGGAGGAAGUCUUACGACCGUGCAUACAGGCCCACUGAUGGCUAUACCCCUCCCUCCUCCCCUCCUCUGAGGACCAGGAAUGACCGUAAUGUCUUCUCAAGGCUCACCAGCAACCAAACCCAAGGUUCUGCUCUGGACAAGUCGGAUGACAGCGACUCCUCGCUCUCCGAGGUGCUCAGGGGGGUGAUCAAUCCCAUCGGGGGUGUGAAGGGGGGUCGGACAGCGCCCCUGCAGAGUGUUUCUGUAGCUGAGGGCCAUUCAAAGCCGGUCCUGUGUGUGGAUGCUACAGAUGAGCUGCUAUUCACUGGAUCCAAAGAUCGUACCUGUAAGAUGUGGAACCUGGUGACCGGUCAGGAGAUCGUCACCCUCAAAGGCCACCCAAACAAUGUGGUGUCAGUCAAAUAUUGUCCCGCCUCCUGUCUGGUCUUUUCUGUCUCCACAUCCUACAUCAAGGUGUGGGACAUCCGUGACUCUGCCAAAUGUAUCCGAACGCUAACUUCAUCAGGGCAGGUGGUCUCUGGGGAUGCAUGUGCAGGAACCACAACCCGCACUAUAACCUUUGCCCAGGGAGAGUGUCAGAUCAACCAGAUCUCCCUCAACCCGUCAGGAUCUGUGCUCUAUGCUGCUGCUGGAAACACUGUUCGCAUGUGGGACCUCAAUCGGAUGCAAGCGAUGGGGAGGCUGAUGGGUCACAUCGGCUCGGUCAUGUGUCUGACAGUUGGACAGUCUCUGCUGGGCAAAGACCAAGUCAUCACUGGCUCCAAAGACCACUAUGUCAAGGUGUUCGACGUAGCAGAGGGGACUCUGGGCAAUGUAGGUCCAGCUCACAACUUUGAGCCGCCCCAUUACGACGGUAUCGAGUGUUUGGCUGUAAAUGGAGAUGUGUUGUUCAGCGGGUCGAGAGAUAACGGCAUCAAAAAAUGGGAUUUGGAGCAACAAGAGCUGACACAGCAAAUCCCCAACGCCCAUAAAGACUGGGUGUGCGCUCUGGCAUACGUUCCGGGGCGGCCCAUGCUGCUGAGCGCCUGUCGGGGCGGCAUGCUGAAGGUGUGGAAUGUAGACAACUUCACGCCCAUAGGAGAGGUCAGAGGUCACGACAGUCCGAUUAACGCCAUUUGUACCAACUCAAGACACAUCUUCACCGCAUCCAGUGACAAGACAGUGAAGAUCUGGUCAUCAAAGGUUUGGAGGAAGAGGUGACAACCGAAAGUGACAGCGGUAUCUUUUUGUCGGCCAUCUUACCUGAGCUGCUCACCUUAAAAAAAAAA